GAAGGGGUGAUGCAAGGCUUGUUGUGCUUCCUAAAAUCACUGUACACAUGUGUGACAAGUGAAGGACAGCUCAUUCAUCUGGCUGAAUCUGUGCUGACUUCAAAUCUCCCUUUAAACAUCAUUGUGACUAGAGCACAAUGGAGGUUGGGCCAUUAUUUUUAAAGUUUCAUUUAGAAAUGAUGAGUUUCAUUCAUCAGGAGGCUUUUUUGCCUAAUUAGGUCUAAGCACUUUUAUUUAUGACUUUCCAUCUUUUCAGCUUAUAUGACAAUGAAAUAUGGCUGGAAUAUAGUAUAUUUUAAGCAUGUUUUCAAGUGUAUAUAAAUGUUUCAGCUUUACCUGUAGCUAAUAUAUUUUAACUUUACCAGUAGCUUCCAAAACAGUUGCCUUUUUUCCUUGCCAGUUGUGACUCAGGUGCAAUUACCUUAAACAGGCUGUUGAAUUUGCAGAGGCAACAAUGAUUUGGAUGACCUCUCUACGGAUGUGCUAAUACAUACUUUUGCUAUAUUGAUGAAUUCUGGCUGUCCGCAAGUCCAGACCUUGCCCAUAUGUCUUCAUCAUGGCUUGAAGCAGAUUGUCCGUGAGAAUUUUCCCCACUCACUUUAUCCAAGUAGUUCUGUUCAUAUGAAUGGUAUUUCCUUCACUGUGGGAUCUCUUUCUCUCUGACUGAGUGCAGUAGGCUUACAAAAGUAUAUUAUGAAUGCAAACCAAGACUUUCUAAUAUCUCAAUCUGUACCUAAAAUUAAGAGAAUUAUAAAAAUGCACUUUUACUUAUUUCUUGUAGUGAAUAAAAAGCUCCAGAUUAUUCCUUAUGAAUCUGAAGAGGAGGAAACAGGUUUAGUGCUGAUAAUGGUCUUGUAUUAUGCCUGUUUAAUGGAAACUCAACUACCUCCGUCGGUACAGAUUUUGUCAGCGGUAACAGAUGUUUACUCAAGACAUCCUGGAAUGAUGCAUUUGCAUCAAGUAGCAAGCAAGUUUAUUCUCUUCUUAAUAGCAUGGCUCAGAAUAAAUGUCGAUGAAGAUGUUCAAAAAAUGCAAACCUUCUGUGCAACACUGGAAAAUACUUGAACACUGGUUGCUGCACACCCAAGAGAGAAAGAAGGAAGACAACUUUAGUUGUGAGGGUUCCCAAGUAUUCUUCACUCUAUUUCACAGUGAACACUUUAGAUUUGUUUUACUGAGUCUUGUAAUGUCAUCUCAUAAAGAUACCAAUGUUCUUGCAAAGCAAUUUCUUUUGCAAGCUCUUAUGAGAAUAUCUGAUUCUUCAUCAGAGAUGAAAGAACUUCUGAGUCAUAUUAACUCUGAAGUAGCCUCAUGUUUCAAAUGCCUCUUUAUGGAGUCUCUUCAUCCUGACUGUCAAAAGGUCAGGAGCUUACUACAGGUUUUAACAGCAGUGAUGCAAAUCACCUCACCAGACCCUGUUACUGGCAGGUUAAAUAUCAAACUGUUUUAUCAUGUGGUAGCCUACGCUGGUGACAGAGAUGCUUCUGACACAGUGAUAUUAAAGGAAUGCUUUGCUUGUCUCCUCGGUAUGACAAAAGCUGCUGCAGCAGAUCAAGCUUUAGCAGCUGUACCAGUUAUGGUGCAGAACACAGGGUUCCUUCAACACCUCCAGCUCAGUCUGACUUCUCAGAUUAAUUCUUUCUCAGCACUAGCUUUGUCUUUGCUUGCCUGGAUUGUCUCCAACUGCCCUCCUUAUUUGAACUGCAGUCCCAUCUCUCUCAGUGUUGCUUUCCUGAUUGAUUGGUUGGCACAUCCUGGCCUGGAAGGUCCUCUGUCAGCACUCCAAAUUUUGUGUAAAGUUUUGGAAGCACACAUCAAUGGGCGCUCAUGCCCAGUUUUACAAGUGAAAUAUGCAGAUAGUCUUCUAGAAGAUGGACACCUGCUUACUAGUCAUGAAGUCAGACUAUUGUUCUGUCUCAUCUUACAAUAUGUUUGCUGGGGUGAUAAUCAGACAAGACAAUGCUCAAUAAAGACUUUGGGGAAGCUCAUUGACAUCUGUCACAUCAAUGGUAAAGAAAUAGGUGAGCACCUGGUUCAUCACCCAUGGAAACCACAGCUGAUGCAUGCCCUUUUGAACAGCAGCUCUGAUUUAGGUCUCUCAGAACACACUCUUCAACUCAUCAGUCAGAUCUGGCGUGAAGAUGACUUUGCUGAUAAAAAACUGACUUCACAGCUUCUUGAAUCCUUAAAAGCUACAGAAGUCAACAAAGAGAAUAAAGAGCUCUUUGCCACCAUUUUGGAAAAGAUCCAGUAUGGGUGUAAGGACAAGAGAGAGCUACAGGCGCUCCAGUCAAAGGUCUUGCAGUGCAACAGCCCCAAGAAUUAUAACACUGCAGUUUGUUGAAUGAAGCAGAUAGGAGUUUCUUUGCAAAAA